UACUCCUUCAACCAUCUCAACUAAAAACACUAGCAAAUUAAAUAUGACAAGUUCAACAACAUCCACCCAUUUCCCCCUAGAGUUGCUUGAUAGCUUCCAUCCAAGAAAACUUCUUUACCACCCAGCUCAAGAACACAAUUUUUUCAUCAUUAACUACUUCCAUGCAAAUGCAGCCACUGUUCUCUUAGUCCUCAGUUGCGCCAUCGUUUCCUCUUUUGGGUUGCUUUGUAUGGCCAAGUGUUCAUUUAGAGGCUCAAGUUCUGUUGCUGCCGAAUCUGAUUCAUUUAGAGGCUCAAGUUCUGUUGCUGCCGAAUCUGGGGAGAACCGUUCAACCAAGUCAGCCCAUGUAGGAGUUAAGCAGAAAGCCUUAAAUGCCUUCCCUAUAGUAAAAUAUGCAACCGAGUUGAAACUGCCGAGCCUAGACACCACUUGUGCUAUAUGCUUGUCCGAGUUUGCUGCUGGGGAGAUUCUGCGGAUCUUGCCAAAGUGCAAUCAUGGAUUUCAUAUUCUAUGUAUAGAUACAUGGCUUAGUUCACAUUCUUCAUGCCCUACAUGCCGGCACUCCCUGGUUGAAACGGACCAAAAGGCCAAUAAUUGUAGCCAGGAAGUGCCUGUGCCGAUGCAGGAAACCAUGAACAUAGAAGUGAACUAGAAAUUGAACAUUUUGGUGAAGUGGUUAUUAAUAAUACCAUCUUAAGAGGCGUGCAGCUUGUCGAAGGGUGAAGUCAAACAAGCACUGCAAUUUUUGAUUAAAAAGUUAAUCGAGUAAAAUCCAGUGAUUGGAUCAAAAUAAAUAUUCAAGUUCAACAGGUAGUAUGAUGAUUUUUGUCUCUUGCACAAGGAAAAUCCAAUGUGGCAGUGGCAAAGAGGAAUUAAAUAAAAAAAAAGGGAAAAAGCAGUAGUCUAGAAGCACUUUAUACUGUUAAGAAACAGUAUCUAGCAAAAGCAACUAAAGCUAAAUAAUUAAUGUUAGCUCUGGUUAGAAUUUAUAGUUGAGUAUAGUUGUUAUUGUAACAAUUAAAAGAAAUUAAAUUUGUGCAUGUAUAUAUCUUCUAAUUUAAAAAUUAAAAAGUUUUUUUUUUAUAUAAAAUAAAUGCCAAGUAAGGAUCUUAAAAGAAAGGAAUGAGGCAACUAUUUUUCUACUUAAUUA